GCCUUCACGAAGCGCUGCCGGGAGGACUCCGAGUGCGAGACCGCGAUGCGCGGGGGGGACCUCGCUGGGGACCUGGGGUGGCUCGACCGGGACCCGAAGAAGAACAAGGCGAAGGUGCCCGCGGCCGUCGUGCGCGCGGCCUUCGCGCUGCAGGUCGGCCAGGUCAGCGACAUCGUGGUGUCCGAGCGCGGCGUGCACGUGAUCACCAGGAGACCGCGUGACCUGGCCACCGCCGCUCCGCGCGCGAGCCCGCGCGCCCCCCCGCGGCCGCGGGGGCAAGCGGUUGAUGUGGCGGGAACUGGGUGCGCAUGCGUGCGUGUGCAUGUCCAGAGCCCAGACCUCGUAUGGGCAGGCACGCGUGUCCCCGCACGUGCCGCACUGCGCAGGCACUCUCCCGCUCCGGCUCGCCCUCAGCCGGUGGCUAGUCGCAGGGCGCGCUGCGGAAUUUGCUGUUGAGAUUCCUUGCGCGGCGCGGUCCCG